UGUUGGCUUCUAACAUUUCUGCCUUUAUAAAUUAAACCAUUCCCAUUUAUGUACAUUUUAUUAAAUAUUUAAACUUACAAUAGGAAUCAUUGUCAUGAUAAAUUAUCUGAAGCAUUCAGAUAAUGAGACGACAAAUAUUCAAUCAUCAAAAAAAAGUUUGGAAUGUAGUUAGUGGACUUACUUUCUCUAGUUUUCAAAAAUCUUAUGCUCCUAGAUCUGGUGGAGAAUCUUCAAAUAUGACAGAUUCGAAUGUGAAUUUAAAAUGGUUAUCUGAAGAAUGUCCUGAAUUUUGUAUUCCAAGCAAAAGCAUUCAAAUCCUCAAGGAACCUUCAGAGUUUUUUCAGAAACUAAAAGAAUAUUCCACCAGUGCUAAGAAACGAAUUACCCUAGCGUCAUUAUAUAUUGGUACAGGUGUUUUAGAGAAAGAGCUUGUUUCUUGCAUACAAAAUUGUCUAGAUGUAUCUAAGGGAAAUGUUAAAGUCCAUAUACUUGUGGAUUAUACCAGAGGUUCUAGAGGAAAAGAAAAUACACGCACCUUAUUUCUGCCUCUGCUGAAACUCUAUCAUCCUCAAAUGAAAGUAUCACUUUACCAUACUCCAAAAUUGCGAGGUUUUAUUAAAUGGCUGUUACCUGAAAGAUGGAAUGAAACUAUUGGCUUGUCCCAUUUGAAAGUUUAUCUAUUUGAUGAUACCCUUUUGUUGAGCGGGGCAAACUUGAGUGAUCAAUAUUUUACCAAUCGACAGGAUAGAUACAUUGUAUUUCAUAACUGCAAGGAGUUGUGUAAUUAUUUUGAUCAAUUAGUUUUCACUGUUUCAUCUUUUUCUUUCAAUUUGAAUCCUGAUAAUACUGUGAACUUACAGGAUGGCUGGAAUAUUCAUCCCAUAAAAGGUAACUUCAAGAAGUUCAUUGAGAAAGCCCAAUCAAAGUUGGAAGAAUUCAUACAGUUUUCUAAAAAGCAACAGUCAUCAAAUAGUAUUAAAAAUACGUCAGACUUUCAGAAUGAUACUUUUGUGUAUCCUCUAUUACAAUUGUAUACAUUUGGUAUACGACAAGAUGAAAAAGUGACUGAAAAGUUUCUUUGUUCAGCUGAAGAUUCAUCCCGUAUAAAGUUAGCUUCCGGUUAUUUUAAUCUAACUAAUCACUACAUGAAUAUUAUUUUGAAUUCUACCAAGGCUUUAUUUGAUUUACUUGUUGCAUCCCCAAAGGUGAAUGGAUUUUAUGGAGCCUCAGGUGUGUCUGGAGCAAUUCCAAUGGCUUAUACUCAUAUAGCAAAGACCUUUUUCAAGGAAGUCAUUAAAAAUAAACAAGAAAAUAGAAUAAAACUGCAUGAAUAUGAACGAUCUGGAUGGACAUUCCAUGUGAAAGGGUUAUGGUACUAUAAACCAAAUGCAAAGUUACCAUCAGUUACUUUUAUUGGUUCUCCUAACUUUGGAUAUCGGUCUGUUUACAAAGAUCUUGAAGCUCAAGUCGUUAUUGUUACUGAAAAUAAAGAAUUGCAAAGACAACUACAUGAGGAACAGCAAACAUUUUAUGAUAGAACAAAUUUAGUCAAUGAAAAAUUAUUUGAGCGACCAGAUCGUAAAGUUUCAUUAUGGGUCAAAUUAGUGACUUUUUUCAUUAGAGAUUUCUUCUGAUGUUUCUUUUCCUGUACAUUAAGUCAAUAGGUAAAAAAUAUGGAUGCUAUAAACCGAGAAAACGAUGAAAGAUAGAAGAACUGAGACUUAAGUGACUGCCAUCGAUAGGUUCGAUUUGAAUAAUUGUGAACAACUGAUGUAUAUAUUUUUAUUUUCGACUGAUCUGAGAUAAAAGCAAUGUUUUACAUUAGCUUAAUUUCUGUUUUUCUUUGUAGAAACGCUGCAGCAGCUUUGUUCUACUUUUUAUUAUUGAAAUAUGAUUGCAAAAAAGAAAAUUUGAAUUUUUGGCAGCUUGAACUCAUAUGGUGUUUCUCGUGAUCACCAGUGUGUGUAGGGCAUAGAAGCCACUGCCCAAGAGUGAUCCAGCUUGCGGAGGCCAGUAGACAGUGGAGUUUGAAGAGUUAAGUUAAGCCUUGAAUGAACACAAACAAUUUGUAACCAUGGCGACAAAAAUUCACCCUCUUAAUAUAUAUUAAAACAAUGAGAUAAACUUAUUCUCAUCGUCAUGGUAAUGAAAAAUCAGAGCAACAUCCAAUUUGGUCAAG